AUGUUCCUGUCUAACACCACAACUGUGGUGCCCUUCCUGACCAUGCUAUGGCAGGAGACUGCUGAACAGGGCGGCAAUGUGUCAGACCUGGCUCGCAGGUCUCAGCUCCGAGAUGACAGCAAGCUGGAAGCUCUCUACAUCCUCAUGGUGCUGGGUUUCUUUGGCUUCUUCACCCUGGGCAUCAUGCUGAGUUACAUCCGAUCCAAGAAGCUGGAGCACUCGCAUGACCCAUUCAAUGUGUACAUAGAGUCGGACGCCUGGCAGAAGAAAGACAAAGCAUUCUUCCAGGCCCGUGUUCUGGAGAGCUUCAGAGCCUGCUAUGUCAUUGAAAACCAGGCGGCUGUAGAACAGCCUGCCACACACCUUCCUGAACUGAAGCCUUUGUCGUGA